AUGGAUGGCCAACGCCUAGUUCGAGAUGCAAUUUGUUCGCUGAUGGGUGUACCAAUGCACUCUCCGCCAAGUCCGCGGGAAAUACGGAUGCUGAGCUCGUCUCUGGAUCUUCGACCCACAGCUUUUAGCGUGAUUGCACUGAAAAAAGUAAAUGUUGGAAAAACUCCCUUCAGCAUCUUUUCUGUCGUCAAGCAGACAGACCACAACGCUGGGUCACUGCAACCAGAGACCGGGAGGGUUGUGAAUGCAUCAGAACUUGCAACUCCGGCAUCUGUGCAUUUUUCGGUUGCUCUUGCUCAUGAGCUACAAAAUGCUAUGUCAAGCAACCUCCUAUUAUGUCGUCGCGCACGUAUCUGGGGUCAGAUGAGAUAG